UAACGAAAAGGGUUUGGCCUUUUGCCUUAGAAAAGGAGGGCUGCUUGGUUUUCCAACAAACUGCCGGCCAGCCACGACCUACUCCUGGGAAGGCGCUGAUUGCUGACCUUCUGUGCCCCGCCGUGAAUGCUUUGAACCUGUCCCGCCUGCAAAGUCUCCCCUGCAGCUUGCAAGCCGGGGCGGCCUCUCCAGACCCACGACAGCGAAUCCAGGGCGGUGGAGAGGCAGCUGGAACUGCCGCAGGGAGGGGCAGGCAGGUUAGAGCAGGAAGAAACCAAGCAGCCGGGAAAGCAAGGGGGGGGAGAAGUAACCAAGCAGCCGGGAAAGCAAGGGGGGGGAGAAGUAACCAAGCAGCCGGGAAAGCAAGGGGGGGCAGUAGCACUGCCUCUGAGCUGGGCUCCCUCCUCCCCCUCGCCGGGCACUGCAAAGUGGUUGCUGCCAGCCGGCUUGCAAUUGCAGCAAGGAGAGCGCGAGGCCGCAGCCGGCAUUUGCACGGCUGGUCCGGCCUGGCCCCGCGCGGGCCGCCGGGGCAAUGCAGGCGCUGCUGGUGGCCCUGGGGGCGGCCGCCGGGGCCCUCUUCGCCCUGCUGGACGGCUGGUACCUGCUGCGGAUGCCCCUGACCCUGCUGUACGCCCGGUGCCUGCUGCCCACCGCCUGGGACCUGCUGGAGGAGCAGACCUUCCGGGGCCUGGUGCUGCCCUCGGACCUGGACUUCCUGGGCCACAUGAACAACGCCCGCUACCUCCGCGAGGCCGACCUGGCCCGCUGCGUGCACCUGACGCGCUGCGGCCUCUUCCGGGCCAUCCGGGCCCUGGGGGCCCACUCGGUGCUGGCCGCCUCCUGCUGCCGCUACCGCCGCUCGCUGCGGCUGCUGGAGCGCUUCGUGGUCCACACCCGCCUGCUGGGCUGGGACGAGCGGGCCUUCGUGCUGGAGCAGCGCUUCGUCAGCGCCCGCGACGGCUUCGUGUGCGCCGUGGUGCUGGUCCGGCAGCACGUGGUGGGCGCCGCGCCGGGCAAGGCCGUCGAGCAGCUGUGCCGGAGGAAGGUAGAGUCCCCGGAAUUUCCUGAAGAUGUCCUGCACUGGCUUAAAUACAAUGAAGCCAGCAGCGAGAGAAUGAAGGCCAUGAGAGAACUGCAGAAAAAUAACAAACUCCACUAAUCCAAAAUUUCUCCGUCCUGUCCACUACUUCAUCCAGUGCUGGAGCAGACCUGCACUUCAGCAGAACAAGCAAAGGUUAUGGAGCUGCUGCUGCUGCUGCUGCUUCCGUACAGCUGCAAGGCAGUCACUGAUGACCCUCCCCCAUUGUUCAGAACUUCAGCAGCAACAAAGCCGUCCCAUAGAGGGACAGUGUCAAUCACAAAGGAUUGCGAAUCCUGAAGCAGUGGUCCUGUCAUGGUCCUGUGACACUGGCAGCCACCCAAAUAGGCAUAUGGUUAUACCAGCACAGCUAGGGUGCCGUGCUGGUAUAGAUCCCCCAUGCCAGUUUAUCUUCAAGCUCCACAAUACUAUCUUCACCCACUGGGUCUAAGUGGGGGAUAGGAUUGCGCUAUAAGGCCAUUAAGCCUGACAUGAAUUUGACAAAGCUGGAGUAGAGUCCACUUCAAAAGAAAGCAAACCCUGGUAACUCUGUAAUGAGCAUCAUGGCCCUGGUUACUUAGGAGAAUCGCAUUUACAAGAAUUGCAUUUAGCCUCUUGAUUUCAAAUUGACAGAUCCAGGGUACUGCAGAAACCAAAGUGUUAAAUGCAACCUAGGGUUGUACAGUGUUGGGAAGAAUCUGCAAAACUGACCUAAAGUGAUUGAUCUCCAGUUCCCACACAAUUACCUGUGUGAGCUUUGCUACCUAGGGCAUGUGGCUGCUUUAGAUUUGGCAUCCAUCAAAAGCCAAACAAACAUAUGCACACACCUAUUAGCCUAAACGGCAUGUGUGCAAAUCUAUGCCAGGAAUAUCCCCACACAUGUGGACUGGACUGGGAGUUUAAAAGAUUUCUAUAUUAGGAGUCUUUUGCAUGGAAAUAUAAUUUAACACAUCCAGUUCCAAAAAUGUACAUGAGCCUAUUCUGGUGUGAUAAAGCAGAACCAGCCCGUCCUCGCUUGUCCUAUGUGUAAAAAUUAAGCACAGAAUUAAUUCAUGCUUCAUAAGACUUUCAUCUUGGGGAAUUUUCUCCCAUAUUUCUGAUUCCACACAAAUACAAUAAAUAAGAGUGGCGAACUGAGAUCAAGAGAAAUGUCCAUGCAGAGGGGACUUCAAAGGACCUUGGUGUUUAUUAGAGAGAAAUAUUUGUUUAUUAUUUUCAUUUUUCAGUGGUUUUCUAUAAUGCUGGUUCAAUCAGGGAUGGUUUUCAAUAGGCACAAUUCUGCCCGUUUCAAACUUCUGGCAUUAAAUAGACUUCUGAUCAGAGCAGAGUUGGCAUGCAAUACAAGUAUUGGAAAAAGAGUUACAGAACAGACAAAAUUAUAUCUUCUAUUGAUCCAAUACUAUGUGGUACAGGCAUUUGCCAGCCUUCCAUCUACACAGAAUUCUUUACUGGGCAGAUCUGAAAGGUAGCAAAUUUUUAACCAUUCUGUAUGAAGAAGGUUUGUUUAUUUAUUUAUUUAUUUAUUUAUUUAUUUGGAAGCCUGUGUGCUCCUGCAGGAAAGGUGUCACCUCUGCCAGGUUUUAUUUCUGGAACUUGGAAUAAUUGCUUGUCCAAAGCUUACUAUGGGGGGGGGCAUUUUUAUGUUGGCUUCAGAGAUACCUUUGGUAUCUCCAGAAAGACGGAACUGGGUAUCUGCUAAAAAGAGAGUUAACAGACUACUUUUUUGCCCAUAGGUUCAAAUGUGUAAAAAAAAUGUAAUGGGUUAGAAUAGAAAUAUAAAACUUUGGGGACAGGGGGUAUAUUAUCAGCAAUUUUGAUGCUUCUGGUUUGUUUAUUUUGGUUUUUUUGCUGGGUAAACUGCUUUAAGAGUGGGGGGGGUUAAAUGAAAAGUGCACAUAAAUGUGCAUAGUAAUCAUUAUUUAUUUGCAUAGGUAUGCUGCUUUUCUAACACUGUGCACAAGGCAGUUUGCAAUCUAAAAUAAUAGCUUAUUUCUAAUAGCUACAGUGCAAGCAAGGACAUAGGCUAGGUUUGGGGGAGAGGAAAAUAAGCUGAUACAGACUUUGACACCAUUUAUAUAUAAUGGUUGCAUACUGACCAGUGGCCUGUCCACAGGUGUAAAUGAGUCUGGGGAAGGAGUUGCGGAAUGGCCAUUGGUCCCAGCCUAGCUGAUGCAGGAGGCCUUGCUCUCUCGCCCCUCUCUCUGUCUCUCUCUUUCUUAUGCGACCAUAUGAAAGAACUGGAAAACAGAAAAACAACAACCAGUGCUUUCGGGGGGGGGGCAUUCACAAGUAACCUGCUCCUCCCUGUCGUAUGCAUUUAUUUUUAAGAAUAAGGAAAACGUUUAUAUUUAUUUCAGAUAUUUACAUCCUGCCUCUUAAAGAACUUAUACAAAUUUGUACAAAUAAAUAAAAGAGCUCUGUGCUUGUAAAUGAAUGGGGAACCAUGCACACCGAUACUAGGAAUGAGCUAGCCAAAGGGAAAUUCCUGCCCUCACAAAAACUGUACCUCUGCUUUUGAAGAUAAAGGCCUAAGCAUGCAAGGUCACUUUUCAAAUGUUUGGAAAUGUCAGCAAAAAUUAGAGGAGGAGGCUUGUUCCCCCCCCCCCCCCCGCCCUCAGGUUGUGGUACAAUUCAUGAUGCCUUGAAAUGCCACAGAGGAUGAGGGGCAGCUGCAUUGCUUGGAGUAGGCAUGGCUGCAUAGAUGCUGCGCGUUGCACCCUGGUAUACAUUGCAAUAUUGUCAAGCAUUCCAGGAUGCAACUAUCCGUUCACAUCCAUUUUCAUUUGCAUCCAUAAAAACAUUGGUACCCCAACCAGCUGAAUGGGCUGCAUCAAACCAGCACUGACGGUGAGUCCUCAAAAGAAUUACGUGUUGUUUUCCCCCAGUUAUCUGCCUCACUGAGUUCCCUCAUUUGUAUUGAAGCACCAAAUCAAAUUCAAGAGGAAAGUUUUGCUUGGAUGCACCUUAAGAUUUAAUUUAAUGUAGACAUUGUUAAUCUGUUUGGAGGCUGUGCUGCUGCUUCUCUUGUGUUGACUUCUGGAAAAUCGAGGGAUUUGCUGUACCUUCGGUGAUCCUGUUCAUCAAAUUAGACAUGAUGGUGGCAGUUCUUUGUAUGUAAACAUGAUGGCACUGUCCCAACCACACAAAAAGAGGUGCAUGAGGGGUCCUAUUUGAAACCAAAAGUAGUGUGCGCGUGAGGAGUGCAAAAUACUCCCAGAGCCAUGGCUUAGUUCCCUACAGCAUCUCUUCUUAAGCCUUUUUAUCUGACAGAGGAACAGGUCCUUUUGGUAUCAGAACUCAUCUGAGGAGAAAGGUGCUAAGGAGAGAAGUUGCAGGGAGGUAAGUUGUGGGCAGAGGACAUCAUCAGAGCAGCUCUAUAUUUUUAAACACAUAAACAUGCUACCAUCAUACCUAGUUGAAUCCUGAAUGUACAAUGAAUUCUUCAGCCUGCUGGUUGUAGAGAUUUAUAUUUGGACCUAGUUAACGAAUGUAGUUUUUAUAAAUUUAAAGACAAUAAAGAGUUAUACAUGGAAUGAAA